UUUACGUUGCUACUCAAUAGAUCCGACCCGGCUUGGAGAGUGCACGAACUUUCUGUCUCAGCUUUCACGUUGGUGCCGCCGCGAACUAACCGGUUUUGGUACGGGACCAAUCGUAGCUUACUCCAAUGGGGAACUGCUUGUUAUCAGCGUGUGCGCUAGCUAGCUAGCGUCGGAUUUUCGUGAGAAUGAUUUGUGGACAACAUUUCCUAGUCAGCAAAAUAGCAAAUAGGGAAGACAGCUGAUCUGAAGGAUCUACUGUAGUACUGUGAAGAGUUUGUGUGCUGUCUACUCCGUCAAAACAAACCAGUGUGGUCUGAGACAGAAGAGGACAAAUACUGAGGGAGCGAAACAAAGUCCGCCGGCGGAUUCGCCCCGCUGGUUGGUCUACAUGCGUGAGGAUACAACCGUGUUUGAUCGAACAACAUUCGCGGGGGCUCUCGUCUGACACCCGGGGACAAGCGCACAGGCACGUAUCGGUGGUGUGUAAUCUCUCUCCCGGCUGGAAGUUUUCUGAGAAAACCGCAGAAGCAACAUGGCCGUGUUGGAACUACGGUGCUGGUUUUUGGUCGCGGUGAUUUAUAAUGGUUGUAUGGUAGAGUUGUUGGACGCCCGCCAUGAUGGUUCGAGGUCGUCUGCAGACGACAGUUUUGGUCAGAAUUAUGGCGGGAGUCUCCUCGCACGUGUCCUAACGGGGAGGGCGGGUGACCUCGCCGGGGGGACCGUGGAGAGGGUGAGACACGGAGCCGGUCGGGCUGCAUACCGUCAAACGGGAGGAGGGAGAGCCGCUCGGCAGGGAGGGAGCUACUACGGGCCGCCCGACAGCCUGGCAUCGGGAGACGGCGACGUCCGCCCCGAGAAGGAAGAUUUUAUGACUCGGCCAACCGUGUUACCAGGAUACGAGGAUAAACCGUCCAACGUUGACAAGCUAAACACCAAUGAUGUUCUCAAGAAUAAUGCUGAAAAAGUCACAAACUCUGGCCACAAAAUACAACAUCCACAAACAUAUAUCACCGGAACUGUCCAUAAGGAGCCUGGUGAUAGGUCAACGUCUGGUGGUACGUCAUCAUCCGGAAGUACGUCAUCAACACGUCAUACUGUCAACCGUGGUAGACGUCCUCACGUUAUAACAAUGGUGCAUAACAUCAACGUCGGCAGGAAUCCGAGCGGACGUGCGUCAUCAGCAGGGAAUGAUGGGAGUGAAGAGAACACACAGCAUGUUAAGAUAAUUACCCAUAAUCCCAAGCAAGAUUCAGACGACGUUUCCGGGUCGAAUCUUAUGAGGGCGAUAAAAGAUCGUUUCAAAAUGGAGGAUCUUGUCAACAAGAAUAUGAUGACGAUGAUGAAGUUCUUGUUAAAAACUGUCUCUGAACAUACUGACGAAAUUUCCGGUCUCAGACACGUCAUUUCCGGUUUGCAAGCCGAGCUGGAAAGCGUCAAAGAAUCCCAGCAAGCUCCGCCGCCAUUUAUAGAAACUCUACCAAUCACGAGCAACGACACAGAUGACGACGCCUUUAACAGAAUAUACGGUGAAACGUUAAAUGGCAGAGUAGCUGUAUUAGAAAACCAACUUGCUAAAGAAACGCUUGAAAAACAAAGACUACGAGAGGAGGUUGAAACCUUGAGGAAAAAUCAACUAGAUUUUGAUACAAGAUUAUUAGAAAGUGAGGGCGCAGUCAGAAAUAUUUCUGGACAAUUCAGAGUCAUUGCGAAAAGCGUUAAUACAUUAGUACAGCAAGGAAAUGAGACCAUUGGAAUCCUGGGUACUAUGAACAAUGGUGGGAUGAAUCCGGAAGUGACGUCAGUCCUGGAACAAAUGCGAAAGAACGUGACCAUAUUAGGAGACGAGCUCGUCAACUUGGUUGAACAAAUUCUCGUUGGAAGAGACGAGAUUCAAGAAGUAGACGAGAAGUUGGACAGUAUUGACGAGUUCUUCCAAAACUUCACCGGCGAAAUCAACACCUUUACCGACGAAGUCUACGACCUCUCAGAAAGAACGUUUCGAACGGAAGAAGAACUUGGCAACGCUACAUUCGACAUCUAUUUCUUAAAGGAAGAUGUUGCCGGAUUGAAGUCUAAGACAGUCGCUAACAACGAUUUCUUAUGGCGACACGAAGAUAGGCUAACGUCUCUGUCAUCUUCUAUAUCCGAUCUGAAAGAUGAAGUCGAGAAAAAAGAAGAAGAGACGAGAGAUUAUUUCGACAAAAAGAUAACCACGCUAGACGACGUCAUAGACGAAAACACGAAGACUAUUCUACAGAUCGGUAGAGUACAGGAAAGCGUGGCCAAUGAGCUUGUUUCUGUGGCGGAAACGACGAGAAACAACGACCAAACUUUACGCGACCACGAAGCCAUCUUGAACAGGGUGGCCAUGGAUCAGAACUUACAGCGAAAAACACUGGACGCGCAAGGGGGCGCUCUUAACGAUGUCAUAGACAUCGUUAGAGAUAUGAACUUAGGUCUUCCUACUGCUGUCGCGAAAGACUGCGCGGACGUAUACAAGUUUGGGCAGCGGCAAAACGGCGUGUACAGCAUCCAACCGGAGGGGUCACCUGAGGUGACGCAGGUGUUCUGCGACAUGGAGACGGAAGAUGGCGGCUGGACCGUCAUCCAACGGAGGGGCAACGGGACCGUGGACUUCUACAGGACAUGGGAAGAGUACAAAGCCGGGUUCGGAUCACCUCACACUGAGUACUGGCUUGGGAAUGAGCUCCUACACUUGUUAACGGACCAGGGUGAGUACGAGAUGCGGAUUGACCUGGAGGACUGGGUAGGGAUGGCGGUGUACGCGAAGUACAGUACCGUGUACGUGUCAGAUGAAGGCAAUUCCUACAGAAUCCGCCUGGGGGAGUACAGUGGAGACGCCGGGGACGGACUCAGACUGGGCGAUAGGAGGCGCUUCAGCACCAAGGACAAGGACCAUGACCGGUGGGAGGAGGGUGAAUGUGCCAAGUACAGCAAAGGGGGCUGGUGGUUUGCAUGGUGUACCAGUGCGAAUCUGAAUGGGGUUUACCGCCACACCGGUCCGUACGAUGGUGACUUGAACGGUGUAUACUGGUACCCGUGGAAGGGCACUCGAUAUUCCCUACGUAAGGUCUCCAUGAAGAUUCGUCCCAAAGAGUUCAACCAAAAACCCUCUGAGCGCGAGCUGGGAGAUUAUUGGCCAGAGGAGGACCAAGCCGUGAAUACAAAUGGCGGUUUAACGAGAAACCCACGCUGGAAAAUUGAUGAGGGUCCACAUGGGGGUUUCCAGGAAGACGAACCGAUCGAUUCGUCGGAGGAUUAUCCAGAAGACUACAUGUUUGGGGAUCAGUUCAGAGGUCCUGAUUUCCCACUUGAAACAAAAUCCGAUCGUCACCAAAUCCAGUCAGGCCCUGAUCAGGAUUUGGCGGGAAAAAGAGAACGAGUGUGGUCCAAAGAAGAAAGUUUUGAAGAUCCCGAUUCGUUUCGUGGACCGGAUUUUCCCGUAAACGGCUUCGGUUGGGAUCGUGCAGGCAGUUAUGAUGUUGGACCAAACCGUGAUCUAUUACCAACACAUAAAGGCGGACACAGAGAUGACUUCGAGGACGAUUAAGUACUAGUUAUCUACGAUACAACAAAAGACAACAAAAAUUAUGCACAUUCAAAUUUUAAAGACCAUUUCUGGUUUUUCAUUUUUUGUAUGUUCAAAAGUUCACCAUACCUUUCUCUUGUUUUCUUGUUGUCAAUAACUUUGAUUGUUGAUGAAUUAUUUUUUUGCCCUAUAAUAGGGCUGGUGCUUGAUACAAAAGCUAUAUUUGCUGAUUUUUCAUUGAUGUGUUUUAAGACGAUACAAAUAUUCUACAAUAAGGUGGUUCAUGGUUUAAACUGCGCAUACUCUGCGAAAUGCAAUGUGGGUAAUAUGUCAAAGGUUAAGUUUCGCAACUUUUCAGUUCUUGCAGCAAACAAAAAGUUUUUUUCUAGACUGCAGUCAAUACAUGUCCAGACCUGUUUUGUUUUGUUUACGUCUUUGGAUCUUCACCCAUGACAUAUUACCCACACUGCAUUUCGCUGCGCAUGCGCAGUUGGAACUCCGAAUCCCGUGACGUAUUGAUUUACCCACAAUCCUCUAUGAGUUAUAAUCAAGGAUUCAAGGUGAAUAUACUUCUCACUCUUUAUGUUGCAUCUGACACAAAAAAACAUGUUGUUUUGUAUCUUUGUCGUUACAUAUCAGCUAUGUAUACAGGGUAGACCAUUCUCAUGUAUAUGUAGCACGAUUUUAAAACAUUUCGUCAGAUUUUUCUUCAUGUUCAAAUUCUACAAACUCAUCCAGAAAGAACGUAAGACCUAGGUUUUAGAUACUUUUUAUGUUUAUGCUUCGUUUUACAUGUUCCUGUUUCAUAUUAGAGAAAAUUGUUCUUCAUAUUUGUAUUCAUUCAUUGUGUAUUAAUAUAGUAUAGCUAUGUAGUAAAAGUUAUUCUUUUAAAAGUCUUCUGUGUAAACGUAUAGAUUGUUCCUACAUGUACGUCUGUAAAUAUUGGAAUUUACAUUUUGCUGUAUUAAAGCUACUCAUAUACAGCGGUUUGUAAAAACGUUAUACCCGUUGCCUUCA